AAAGACGAUUAUCGGAAAGUCUCUUCAUUGGCUUGGCGUACAAGCCGCGACGUCGCGCACAACUGACAAUCGUACGCAAUUAAAACGAUGGCGGGUUCAGCGCUCAGGCGGUUAAUGGCGGAGUAUAAACAACUAACAUUAAAUCCACCAGAAGGAAUCAUUGCCGGUCCGAUCAACGAGGAGAAUUUCUUUGAAUGGGAGGCCCUUAUCACUGGUCCAGAAGGAACAUGCUUUGAAGGUGGGGUAUUCCCAGCAAAAUUAAUAUUUCCACCAGACUAUCCACUGAGCCCACCAAAGAUGCAGUUCACCUGUGAGAUGUUUCAUCCUAAUAUUUAUGCAGAUGGAAGAGUCUGUAUAAGUAUACUGCACGCACCUGGUGAUGACCCGAUGGGGUAUGAAAGCAGUGCAGAAAGAUGGAGUCCGGUGCAGAGCGUUGAGAAAAUAUUGUUGAGUGUGGUAAGUAUGCUGGCCGAACCAAAUGACGAAAGCGGUGCUAACGUAGAUGCUGCUAAGAUGUGGAGGGAGGAUCGUAGUGAAUUCGAGAAAAUUGCUCAGAAACUGGUGAGAAAAACUCUGGGCAUUCCACCAUAAAGUAGAAUGUGCAAAGCCAAUUUAAAAAAGUAAACAGAAAGGAGGGGAAAAAAAUUCUAAUGAUAGUUAUUGUUAUCUUUAUGUUGCUUCUCACAACUUCUAUGAAAAAAAUACUGUACGAAACAAUAAAUUUUCAUCUGUCGAACAAACGGA